UUCGAUUUAAUUCCCGAACUUCUCGCAGCGACUCGCGGCAUGGUCCCUCUUAUAUGGCUGAAGCCCAUGACGUGAUUGCCAAUUCAGCUUACACCUGUACCGAGGAUGGCACUGACAUCUAUGACAUAAACGGAUUUCGCAUCACCCAGGCAGCCGAUGGCCUGGUGAAGGUCACUCGUGUGGACAACAAGUGCUUGAUUCGCACCAGUCCCGGCAAUGGAUCGUCCACUUUGACCACACCUGGCAUCUAUUGCACUGCCUCUCUGGGCAAGACCUCGCAUCUGUUUGUUCGUCGCAAUGAGAAGCGCAUGCACUUCGAUGGAUCCUGUUUCAUUGUACGCAACGCCGGACACUCCGCCGGCUUCAAUGAGAACAACCUGCUCAUUGUCUACUGAGCGGCGUUCGUAGUCCGGAGAUAGAAACGGUGCAGUGGUAGCCCAUCCCACACGCACACACUCACACAUGUCAACACAUUUCACCUGGAACACAUACAUAGACACCUACGGCAGCACACUUGAGGGACCUUGACGUGGAGAGAGGGAUUCAGUUAGGAUCCCGGAAUUUAGGAAUAUCAAAAUCAAUUUGGGAAAAAAGUUAGAAAGCAAAUAUGUUCGUACAAAAACCAGCAUCACACCACACCGCACACACACACACCUCAGCGAAGGAACUCAG